AUGCACCACCACCGGCUCGCUGCCUCGGCGCUCCGUCGGGAGCUGUCGCGGGCGUCGCCGGCCAGAGCCCCGCGACGGCAAUGGAGCUCCGGGCCAAUGUCCCGGGCGAGGACGGCCAUUUUCUUUCCAGGCCAAGGCGUCCAAAAAGUCGGCAUGCUCACCCCCUGGAUCGAGGCCUUCCCAGCCACCACCACCCAGCUCAUGCAGGAGAUGGACCACUACGCCGGCUACAAGCUCUCCGACAUUAUACAGAACGGGCCCUCCAAGGUGCUGACCCAGACGACCAACGCGCAGCCCGCCAUCAUGGCCACGUCCAUCAUCAUCCUGCGCAUCCUCGAGUCCGAGUUUGACUUUCGUGUUGCCGACCACUUCGACGUCGCUCUCGGCCACUCGCUCGGCGAGUUCGCCGCGCUCGUCGCCGGCGGCUACCUCAGCUUCCCCGACAGCCUGUACCUGGUGCGCGAGCGCGCGGCCGCCAUGUCGCGCGCCACGCAGCAGGCCGUCGCCGAGUACGGCGGCGAGUACGGCAUGGUGGCCAUGAUCACGGAGCCCGGCCGGCUGCCGGGGCUCAUCGACGCCGUGCACGAGUUCGUCGGGCACUCGAGCGCGUACGGCGGGACCAACGGCGGCGGCGCCGUGGAGGCGCCGGAGGACGUGCCGCCGAUCGAGCAGGUGCUCAUCGCCAACAUCAACAGCAAGAACCAGAUCGUGCUCAGCGGCAGCAUCGAGCGCAUCCGCACGCUCAUCGCGCACCUGCGGCAGUUCCACGGGCACGACCCGCGUGCGGUGCGGCUCGCCAGCGACAGCCCCUUCCACAGCCCCAUCAUGCAGCCCGCGGUGCGCGUCAUGCGCCGGCUGCUGGCCGGCCGCAGCCGCGCGCCGGGUCGCGAGCGCGACGACAUCGUCACCUGGCCCGGCGCCGUCGAGUCGGUCAGCAACGUCACCGCGCGGCCGUUCCGCAGCAAGGCGGAGCUCAAGGAGCUGCUCGCCCGCGGCUGCCUCGAGACGGUGCGCUGGUGGGACAGCAUCCGCUACCUGGACCGCGAGGAGAAGAUCCGCCGCUGGGUCGGCAUCGGGCCGGGAAAGGUCGGGCGGAACCUGGUGGGCAAGGAGGUCGGCAUGCGCGGCAAGGACCUGGUCAAGGGCGGUGGCGUGUGGGCGAUCACGGACCCGAUGGAGGUCGAAGAGGUGAUUCGCGGGCUGGAGGAGACGGCGUACAUCAUUGAUGAUGAGGAGUGGGAAGACGAUGGUUAG